GUUACCGUUAACCUUGCUGAAAUGGAAGGAUUCGGUCGCCGACUACGUCGCAACCUGGCACAAGUGCGUCGCCACAUUGAUAGUGUGGCUUCUAUCUUGAACUACAUCGAAAAUAGAACGUGGCAGGUCGAUGGAUCUCCUGACAGAGUUGCAUCCCAUGCUCAUCUCUUUUACUCGUUCGACUCCUAUCCCGCUUGCUAUUCCACCGAAAAGCCGAUAGACUGCGUAACGACAAAAUUCGUGCGAGCAGCCAUGAACAAAGUUAAAUGCCCCAUAUAUGAUAUAUGUUGGACCCCCGAAGGACGUCGUCUCAUCACUGGAGCAUCAAGCGGAGAAUUCACACUUUGGAAUGGCACAGCUUUUAAUUUUGAAACCAUUCUGCAGGCACACGAUUCAGCCGUCCGUGCCAUGAAGUGGUCCCAUAAUGACCUGUGGAUGGUUACAGCUGAUCAUGACGGUUUUGUAAAGUACUGGCAGGCGAACAUGAACAACGUAACGAUGUUCCAGGCUCACAAAGAAGCUGUUAGGAGUCUCAGCUUUUGUCCCAAUGAUUCCAAAUUCGCGACUGCUAGUGAUGACGGUACCGUCAGGGUUUGGGAUUUCAUUAGAAUUCACGAGGAACGUAUCCUUCGUGGCCACGGUUCAGAUGUACGCAGCGUCGACUGGCAUCCUCAAAAGGGUCUGCUCGUUUCCGGCAGUCGUGAUUCGCAACAGCCCGUCAAAUUAUGGGAUCCAAAGACUGGACAGUGCAUUGCCACACUACAUGAACAUAAAAACGCGGUGAUGGCUGUGCAGUGGAAUCAGAACGGCAAUUGGAUGAUUAGUGGUUCCCGAGACCAUCUAAUAAAAUUGUAUGAUAUUAGGAUGAUGAAAGAAGUUACUACUUUCAAAGGACACAAGAAGGAAGUGACCGCAUUAGCAUGGCAUCCUUGUCACGAAGGUCUUUUCGUCAGUGGAGGUGCGGAUGGCGCGAUGAUGUUUUGGAUGGUAACCAAUGACAAAGAAGUAGGUCUGAUGGAAACUGCCCAUGAACAGGCUCUUUGGACCCUAAAAUGGCAUCCGCUCGGACACAUAUUAGCAUCCGGGUCGAACGACAACAACACAAAAUUUUGGACCAGAAACAAACCUGGAGACACGUUGGAAGACUUCUACAGUAUUGUUACGAAUGUAUAUGAACAGCACACGGAACCGCAACGAGUCGUUCCGCAGGCGCCGGCGGUAGCCAUUCAACAGGAAGCCAUUAAUGACGUCAGUGAUUCUAAUAUCAGACUUGAUUCUGGCGGCGAAAGCGUUGCGAAAGUUGGAGGUGGUGAAAAUGAGUCGCCAGCUUUCAGUAUACCUGGAAUGGGUUUGGAAAGCGACAUGCUGGAUAAAAUCCGAGAAGGACUAAAUGGGUCGACUGCCACAGCGGCGACUACUGAAACAAUUCCUGGUAUCGGCUUACCUCCAGUUGUUGAAGGCAGCGAACAGUCGACGACCAGUCGAAAGACACUGUUAAAGCAGCCGCCACCAAAGAAGGCCCAGCGACAAUUCGAGCGCAUGUGGAAUGUUAGUUCAGCAAUGCCCAAUGAAGGUAGCAUUGUCAUGGACAUGGACUAUCGAAAGUCUAAGCCCUCCUUGCUUGGACCAGCACCUGAUUCUUCCCAGGCAGACAUGGGACCUUCACUCAUUGGCAUGCCAGAGGAAAUCGUAAAGAUACCCACCGCUUCAGCAGCGACAUCUCCACUGGUCAGUUCCAAGCCGUUGCCUCCUUCUGGCAGCGCAGUUCCUCAUGACACACGUUCGCCCCUGAUAGCUUCGGCUCCAAGCUCAUGUCCAUUAAAUCCUCGUCCAAGAACACAGUCGCAGCCGUUGCUACCCAAUCCGUCAAUGCCGAACUUGCUUAGCGCCUCGAAACCGGUGGCAGUCAAUACUCAGACAUCUGGCAGAACUGCACAAGCACCACCUCAACAAAGCGCUAGUCCAGCGACACCGGAUCAAAUGGCGGUGCCGUUUCCGUUCCCUAAUGCACACAAACCACCAAUCAUUGCUCCAGGUUCUGUUCCCGGAAGUGCUCCGUCACAAAUCAAUGAUUUUCAUCAUGUUACCAAUAACUUUCCCGAUGUGAAUGCAUCUAAUCGAGCUUUGAAUGACAAAUUCUCAACAGACUUUGGAGAUGUCGAUCUGCGGACGAACAUCUGGGCUCAUAUGAUGCCAGCGAAGGAUGAUACUCAACCAUACGUGACAGCGACCGAGAGUCUGACCAAUCUGUCAUCGAAGCCGCGUGACCCGAGAUUACAGCGGUCUUCUGCCUCAGCUUCCCGACAGACGCUGCUUCCUGACCUGAGGCCGCCCGGGCAACACUCAGACUGGUUCCCUGGCUUGGAUAAUGUGGGCGGAACUGUGGAAUCGCGAUUAGCCGACGCGGUUCCAGAAUCAAACUCUGUAGCAAGCUAUGGUUCACCUUCACGAAGGGACCCACGUAUGGCCCCACGUUUGAAGCAAGACUUUGAAAUGGAUCGAGACUUUGAACGACCGGAUAUGUUUGCCGAC